AUGAGUGGAAUGUAUACAUUACAAGUGACGUUAGUAUGUGCAGGAGAUUUACCAGCAAGUGAUUUUGGUUUCUUAGGUAUGGGAGGUAAAAGUGAUCCGUAUGUUGUAUUCAAGAUUGGACGUAUAAGUCAAAAGAGUUCAAUCGUACCAAAUAGUUUAAAUCCACGUUGGGAACCUGCUGAAACAUUUCAAUUUCAAGUUGAACGUCCGAAAGAAAAGUGUUUGGAAGUUCAUAUCAUGGAUUAUGAUCGUUUUAUGAAAGAUGAUUGUAUUGGUCAUUUGAAUCUUCCAUUAGCACCAUUUUUGGAAACGAAACAAUCGGAAAUUGUAUCAUAUGAAGUAGAAGUACCACCUGAUUAUGAUAAACAAAAGCGUAAAUCCGUAGUGUUUCUAGAGAUUACAAUUAUGCCGAAUGAACAAGUAGAUCAAGUACUGGAGCUAUGGGAAAAUCAACGUUACCAUAUUGUUAAGAAAUGGACAAUUGAUACACAUAUUGCUGGUUCGACUGAACGGAAACGAUGGAGUUCAAUCACGGAUGCGAAUAUCUCGUCCGAUGCAUUUGAAGAUGUUGCGCCUAAAGUACCAAGUCAUCUUCAUGCUGAAGGCUGGACACUUGAUGUCUCACAAGGAGAUGAUAAUGGCUGGAUUUAUGCGCCGUCAUUCGCUGGACCAUGGCAAAAGGAUCCAUUCACAUUAGCUAUGGUCAGACGACGUAAGUGGAUUAAUAGAUGCACGGCUCCGGAGCAUAAGUAG